AUGUCUGGUUAUAUGAAUGCAGUCACCUUCUCCGCCAUCUUCGUCUGGUGCGGCUUCCAGUCCGGCAACACUGCACAGCUAGCCAUCGCCAUCGCCAGAUUAUGGGAGGGCCACACAACAGCCUUUCUCAUCGCGGACAAGCAGGCGUUGACGUCGGUCCUGACCUUCGUCGCCGGCGGUCUCGUCGCGCGGGCUUUCGAGAGGAUGGGGCCAAAGUCUCGCGGGUGGUUGUGGCUGGGGACGAUGCUGCAGGCGCUCUUGACGAUGGCUGCCGGAAUUGCGGGGUGGAAGAGUAAUCAAGGAUAUCCGGGGAUCUCAGACGAUAGAUUUUCUGUCGGGCCGGCUUGGGACGAUGCAGUGUCCUUCCUCUGCCUUGGCUUCAUUUCUGCAAGUAUGGGCCUACAAGGCGUGCAGGCCAUCCGACUCAAGACGAAUUCGGGCGCCACACUGCCUUUGACGACGACAUGGUGCGAGCUCGUGGGCAUCGAUGGACUCUUCCGCUUGCAUAAGUGGAAUACGCCCCGCGAUCAGCGCAUGCUGGGGAUCUUCAGCGUCAUGCUUGGCGCCCUUACCGCCCGUGGUCUCGUCUUCCGCAUAGGCUCGCCCGGCGCGCUCGGUGUCGCAGUCGGCGUUCGCAUAGUCACCGCCUUCUCCUUUUUCUUCGUUCCCGGCGUCGAGCCCCCCGCACCCAUGAGCGAUAUCGAAAAGACCGCCGACAUCGAGCGCGAAGAGACUGGUAACACCACAGAGCUUCGCGACAUCGAAAAGACCGGCGCCAUCGAGGAGACGAGGGAGGUGAACGACAGGCGGAAUAGCAGUGCCACAAAUAUGGUCGAUGUGGAGAGUAUUGUCUAG